AUGCAAUCCAACCCUCACAAACCAACAACUCAUUUCACCGGUCCGCAAGACCAGAAAAAGUACCACCAAGGCCUGCGCAGCAUGUUGAAUCAGGACCAACCCGGAGACAUGAGUAAACAGCAGCAGCAGCAGCAUCAGCAGGGGCAACAGCAGCAACAAUCACCGUGGAACCUGUUGAACAAACAAUCCAAGCAGCCAAAACAGCAGCAACAAAAACAGACCCGAAAGUCAAGCGCUGGCUCAUUCUCGGAUGACGAUCUCGCUGCUCUGCCGGUAGAGAAACAAUUCGAGACUGAUUACGAUCAGACUGGCCAUCUGGUGCCGGACGCCGUACAUUUUGGCAAAGAUCAGGAUAUGGUUGGGGCUAGUAAUGAUGAUUUUAGUGAGGACAUGUGA